UUUCGAGUACCUUCUGCGUUUUGAAUUCGGUGUGGUUCAGUCGAGCAUUUAUAUUUUUCGGCAGCAGUAACAAUUAAAACCAACGACCGAUUGGAGCGGCGUUUAACGCGCAGGAUGGCGGAAAUCAGAAGGAGUUCUCAGCCGCGGCUGCAACUAUAUAUAUUCCUCAACCUGCUGGCAACGGUGUUUGCUUCAUUUCCAGGAGGACAAGCAGGAGCAGCAGAAGGUGAAUCAAGGAUGGAUGUUCUAGGACUAACACCGGGCCAAAAAGUCCUGGCUGCAGUGCCCGCAUCAGCUUUGUUUAUCACGCAUACGCACUGUGGUCUUCGUUGGAGUACCAGGUGGAGUGGGAUUCAAGGGUGGCGAGGAUUGCGCCAGCUUGCAAUCUGCGUUCUUGUCCCUUUACCAUUCCUAUUCCGCCGAGAACCCGAAAAUAACUCAAGUGUCACUGGAUCUAAGCUUACCGUGGCGCUUCAAGAAGCUGAGAACUGAGCGACGGGGACCUUAAAACGGCAACAGGGGGUUACGAAGGCGUUUGGGGGCGUCAAAACAGUCAAGAGCAGCUGCAGCGAAACGUAGGCACUCAACCGAGCAUGAAUGCCACUGAAAUGUGGAACCUAGCUAAGCGGGAAAUUUAAUAUUUAACCGAAAUCAGUUCUCCUAAGAUACUUAUUGAAAUCGAAGUACCUAUUAACAUUAUCAGAACUCACACAUAGAGAGGAAAAAAAAAUUGAUAUGAAUACAGAUAUUAAUUGAGUUAAAAAACUUUGAAAAAGUUUGAAUUAUUGAAUUUUGCCAUUGUUGCUAGGACAACUAUAGAAUAUUGUUGUUCGAUUUUUAAAUCAAGGUAUUUAGGUAUAGUCUCACAGUGUUUUAAAGACCCUUUUAAAACUGUAAUGUUUCUAACUGAUAAACUAAGACACUCUAUUUAAGUGUUUAUAUUUUCUUUUAAUUGAACUUAAUCUUUCAUUGUCACUGGUAGCAUGUUACUACUUUUCUGUUAUCACUUGCCGAAGCUUUUUGUGUGACACUAUUAUCCGUCUUCUUCUUCAACAUUUUCUCGUCAUUCUUCUAUUUUCUCUUGUUUUUUCCGCUGCUGCUAGUCGACAAUCGCUAUAUCCGCUUGUUGCUUGUUCCAGUUCCCUUUAGACCUCCCACAGCCCCCAUGGCUUAGUCGCAUACCAUAUUCCAUACCACACCACCCAUUUCGCCCUCAGCGAAUCCUUACCGCCUGCAACGUUUCCGUUGCAGCGGGCGUUGCAAGCGGAAUUUGAUGUCGCUGGUGUCAUUUGUCACGCGUUGUCACUGCCGUCGUUUGUUUGUUUACCGAUGCGAUGCUCCUUGUUGUAGCUGCUCAUGUUGUCAGCACAGAUACUCAGGCGUACGUACACCUUGGGAAAUAUUACUUAAAUUACUCAUAAUUUAUUUUGCUUUUAAUUGCUAGCGAACUAAAACACGAAAGCGAAAUAGUAGAUUUUUUUGUUUUAUUCGUAGUUUUUAAAAUAGAAAAACAAUACAUUUUGCAUG